CUACUUAGGGCCUGUUUGGAUAAACAGCUUAUUUAAAGCCUAUAGCACAAGUGCUUAUCAAAAUAAGCGCUUAUGUAUAAGCUUGCAUAAGCUAUUUUUAUAACAAAAGAUAAAAUAAAUUUAAAUUGGUUUUAUGUAUGUUAUAAGUUGUUUUCAUUAGCUAUCUUGAAGAAUUUAUAAAAAUAAGUUCAAAAAAAUUAAUGUGUUUUGAUUAAGUCUCCCAAUAUCACAAAACUUAAACUUAUGGUAGUAGCUAAGCUCAAAUAAGCACAUCUAAGUAGGUCCUUAAUUAAAUGCUGAUCAUCUUAGUUCUUGUGUAUAAGCUAUUAAAGGAUUCAAUAAUGUCAAAGUGGUUAUAUAUAAGCUAAUCUUUAUAAGCUAUUUUCAUAAGUUGUUCUGGAGAGCUUAUGAAAAUAAGCUGAAAAAACAGUUAUCCUGGACAGCUUUUGAAAAUAAGCUCUCCGAAAUAGUUUCAUAAAUGCUUAUGUCAGCAGAUAAACUUUUUUUAGCUGAACCAAACAAGCAUCACAAACUAUGUUGGUCGUCACCUACUAGUGGCUAAACUUAAAUGAGAGAAUCUAGUGCUUAUGCCAGUGCUUAAUACAUUGACUGUAUAGCCCUGAGACAAUCAUUUGAGAGCAUAACCAGAGUGCACAUCUAUUGAAUUGUAUUUGAAAUUAUGAAGAAAUGUGUUUUCACUUGUCCUCGGGUUUCACCCAUUAUAUUGUAAGUAAAUCAGAACCAUUGAAUGAAUAUUGGGAAACUCAUAUUCUUACUUCAGACAAUUGGAUUCAAAACAAGAUGCUGGAAUGUGAAUUAUUUGAUCUUCACUCAACAGUUCUUCUGGCUGAAAGGAAUCUGAUUCGUGACUUAAAUCAACAAUUAAAGAAAAUGACCGGAUCUUGCUAGUUAUUUGUAUCUUGUGAUUUUCUGCUUGUAUUUCAAUUAGUUACCUCUGUAAUGGUCAAUGAUCGAAUGUAGUACAAUUUCAUUUGCAGAUUUCUCAAAUAUGCAAAGCAUGAAGAAUUCUAUACUGAGUCAUGUGAAUUUGAGAAGGUCAACUGAAAGAUGGUUUUUGGCCAAGGACAAUAAUGUGCUUAUGUGCUUGAGAUGCUGGUGCUCUUCAACCGGUACCAGUUCGGAUCCGAUUCUGGACCAAGUAAUCAGUCUGGUCAAGAAGUAUGACAAAAUUGAUGCAGCAAAGGUUACCGAAACAGCUGAUUUUCAAAAGGACUUGAGACUGGACAGCUUGGAUAGAGUUGAGCUUAUUAUGGCUCUUGAACAGGAAUUUUCCCUAGAAAUUCCUGACGAGAAAGCGGAUAAGCUUACUUGCUGCAAGGAUGUUGCAAAAUAUAUAGCCGCUGAAGCUGACCAAAAACUUUAGGCGAGCUCUGACUUUUCAGUUGUUUUGCUUUUAUUCUUUUGAUUGCGGUAUACAAAGAUGUUUUUGUGGUUUAGCUGUAUGAAUCUUUGUCAAGUCAGCUUGAUUAAAAUGUAUUGAAAUCGCCAAUUUUAUCA